CUAAUUUGGUGAACAAUGAAAUGUAAACAGAAAUCAGCUGUUAUUGCCAAAAUUAUAUUGCCUACGAAAUGGAUCCUUCUGUAAUAAAAUCAAAACACGACCGGGCUACACACGAGCAGCUUGAAGUGUAUGUAGCGUUUUGCCAGGCACACCCUGAUAUAGCUACUAGAAAAAAAUCGUCAAAGCCGCCUCAGCAAAUACAGGAUCUUUGGAAGCAGCUUACAGAGGAGUUAAACUCUUGUAGAGGGCCAACACGCAGUACAGCAAAAUGGAAAGAAACGUUGGGUGUGUGGAAGAGCCAACUACGCAUUCGGGCGAGGCGUUUGAAAAUGAGCCAGAGGCUCACUGGUGGAAAACCAAAUGCUAAACCGUUGAGUGAUUUUGAAGAAAAGGCUUUAGCAACAUUUACAUCAGCAGCUGUGGAUGGGGAGAAAGGUAUUCAAAGCCUUGCGGUGUUGCCAUAUGAGCAUAUAACAGUUGAAUGCCCAACAUCACCAAGCCGAAGUAUCUCUUCGUUAGAUAGCCCGUUGCUACAACCGUCGAGCCGUCGAAUGCAAUUGCCAAGCCCAGGGUCCUCGUCUUCAUCCUCAUCGGAUGCUGCCACAGCACAGCUAUCACAAAGUGAACGAAAUAGGCUUAUCCGCACGUUAAUGGCUGAUAUAGCCAAGAGGAAUGCUGCUGAGCAGGAAAGACGGCAGGAACAGUUAGAGAUGAGGCAGGCCAUUCAGAGCCUUACUAAAUCUAUUACGGAAUUGAUAAAUGUUUUGAAACAAAAUCAAAACAGGUUGGAAUAAAAAAUUAAAAGAAAAUUGUUGUUA